GCCGUUGUAUUUUUGCACUUUUUGGUCGGGCUCAACUGUCCAUUGGAUCUUACCACCCUAUCUCCUUGCGCAGUAGUCACUGCUGUUAACCACGAUGAUCACGCUGCGAUUCACCGAUUGAUUAACGACAUCUCCGGUGAAAUUCCAGGCGCCUCUCCCUCCCGUUGCUGGCACUACUUGGAUGGUAGCGCUGUUCACAAGUUUGUUGCACCUUCAAAAUCGCAUUUUACCUCCCAUCCCUCCUAUCUCAUAUCGCCCUCUAAUAAUUUCAUAGCAGCCCACCAACACGAUCAAAGAAAACGGGUUUCCUCCGCCGCGAACCUGGCCGCACCUGGCGAUCCGCAUGUCCGACGAAGCAGCCUUUGGACCGUCACAACGAAGUGAAAGCAUCUCAAUAUACGCGGGGGCUGCCCAAUUCCAGGGUGUGAUAAGGUCGUAGAGAAAGGGAUUAAAAGGAAGUAUAAUCUUCCCGCUCAUGGGUGGAGUAAACAUGGGGUCAGGUUGCCCCGACAGUCCAGGGGUAAUUAACCGAGGGCAUUGCGAAUACGGAAUGCCGCUGGUGUUUACUAGAGUACGGUGGUCAGACCUUGAUGGCAAAAGUAUGAUGUUUCCGGUCAAUCUGUAGUGUUGGUGAGAUGUGUACCCGGAUGUUUAUUUGAUAUUUUUUAUCUAUCUCUCCCACCCCCCAGUUAGCUUUGGGGUCUUGCUUUAAUGAUAUUUGACCUCUAUCUCG